ACUUGUCGACUGCAUCAUGUGGUGCACCAGCCAAUGGAACUUGUGGAGCCUCACCUUACUAAUAACCAAAAUCAUCUGUCAUGAAUCCACUCCAGAGACUACAGGAAUGGCAAAGACUGCCUUUAUGGUGACAAACUUUACUUGCCAGUCAAAUGCUCCACCUGAUGACAACAGAUACCCAUCAGCUUUGCAUGAUCUGAGGCUGGAUGUCACUUGUGGAUGUGAAGGCCCAGUGGUCAACAUCUCCUGGGCCGUCAAAGUAGAUGCCACCAUUAAUGUCCUGGCUGGGAUAUGGCUGUACGUGUCAAGAAGCGAUGGGUCAGAUAACAUGUAUUGCAUAUACCACCCUCCACUUUACACAGUUCCAGGGAUCGGAGAUUUCGACUUGUUGUGGUUUAGCCACACUGUUUCGACUAAACCUGGUCAAGUUGUGGCAACAGCUUACAACGUGCCAGAGGACGACUUUAGUGAGGAUGACUUCACUAAAAAUGCAAGUAUAAAUGCUUCAGUCCAACAUGGCUUCUUAUGUCUUUCAGUUUCCUUUUCUAUGAAGAUGCUUAUUGUUGUGUUAAAUAUCACGUUUCUCUCCUCAGUUACGGCACUCCCUACAUCAUGGAGGGAGUCAAAGGAGUCUCCAAAAGCUCUGCUGAUAGUGGUUGCUUCCAUGCUGACCAUGUGCCUGCUGAUUGCUGCUGGAUUCAGCCUCUACAUGUUCCACUGCCGGGCCUCAUGGUCCCAGGGCCUCCAGUCCAAAGAGGCCUGUGGUGGGGGUGAGGCUGCGGUGCGUGUGUCUGUGCUGAUGGUGUACCCAGCGGUGGACGGUGUGUUCCAGAGGGCUGUGGUCACCCUGGCUGACUUCCUGCAGGGCAGUGGCGGCUGCGACGUGGCCGUGGAUGUGUGGCAGCAGGGGCGGCUGGCCCAACUUGGCCCCCUGCGAUGGCUGUACUCCCUGAGCGAGAGCGCAGACCGGGUCCUCGUCGUCCUGCCUGGAAACCCCCCCGUGCUUGAUGAGUCUGAGAAAAAGCUACUUCCUCCCAGCCAGAUGUCCCACACGGUCCCUGCCUCAGCACACCAGCUCUUCCCCUUGGCCCUCAAGAUCCUUCCCCUCUCCAAGCUGUGGGUGGUCCACUUGGGCAAGAUGUCGGCCUCCAGGAGCAGCGUGCCAGCAGAGCUAAGGGGCUGCGAGUCCUUCACCCUGCUCGAGGACCUCCAGAAGCUCUUGGCUAGGCUGUGCUCUCUGCAGAAGGCUGAUGGGAAAGGGCUGAAGUCAUCUUGGCUGAUGAGACAGAGCGGCAGGCUGGGCUGUCAAGAUAGCAGUGGCCUGGGAAAACUGAAGGAGGUCCUGCAGCAGCUGCAACAGUGGGAAAGAUCCAAGGGGUCCACAGAUCCCCUGAUCAUCUCAGUCUGAGGCUGGUGAUGCCACACCAAAGAUUUUCAGUGGGUUACCAAGGUCACGAGUUGUACGCAUCACCAAUACAACAAAGUGGGAUCAAUUAUGCCCUGUGUCUCAAUCCACGCACUUGUGUCUCAAGCCACACACUAAUGCAUUGAUGGUAAGUGCACAGUGCACACAGUGAACUGAGGUCUUCAGUGCAUAGUGUCAUGGAAAACUUUGAGCACUAUGCACUUUGCCCUCACUGGAAGUGACGGCUGAGCAUGGAAUUAGCUUGCCAAAAUAUCGGUUGGCUACUGUUUGCAAGGCACAGCAUCUCGUGCUUGUAUUUAUAUUUCCUUCACCCUGAAGGGCAACAAUUACACAUACAAUACUUGGGUUAGCAUGAAAAGGUUGGUGUCUCAGCAACAUUACUUACAGAAUUAGUAGACUGUUGACCAAACUCUUCUACUGAACUGAACGCCACAUUUCCUCAGUUUCAUUGUCAACAUGGCGGGCGUUAAGUGUGUGCAGUGUCCAUCCUUCAAGCACUGCAUUUUCCGCCAUUGUUAGGGGAUCAUCCGGGUGCUUUCAGUGCACUGAUUGAACCGGAAUGCCACUGAAACACAGUGCCCGAAGUGCACAAGUGUGUGGAUUGAGAUACGGGGCUAGUCUCCUAAAUGGGCGUGGCUUGGAACUCCUUUCAUUCUGAACCCUCAAAAGUCUCCUACAGGGGCAUGGCAGCUCAGACAGGCAGCUUAAAACCUUACAUUAUGUUGAUUCAGGAAACGGGAACUUUUUGAACAGGGUCCUCCCUAUCAAUCAUUGCUGGCUACACAGUGGAACGAUGCAAUAUGAUUGGCUUUUACUUUUUCUGCACAGAGGAUGAGGAAAAAGUUCCUCUACUGCCGAUGUACCUUGUCCAUAUGUGUGUGUACAGUAUGUUUUUAAAAUGGGCAUGGGUGGUGCAUUUAACAAACUUGUCAUUUUCUAAUCCACAUUUCAAAUUUACACUAAGAGGCCUCCAUCAAUACACUAAUAUUUGUUACACAGGUGAGGUCACUGAUUUUGGGAUAUUGAAAAAUCUACAUUUCGGUCGACGGGCUGACCGUGAACACUGGGGACAAAGACACAGCUCAUGGGCCACCUGGUGACCUACAACAGAAACUUUCAUCUGAAGAUUUCUGCAGAAACCAGGAAGUAAAGGCGGUGAAGGCUGUGGUCUUUUUUUUCAUUUUCUGCCUUAUUUCCCCUUUUCAAAAACAGGAUACCACAACAUCAAAUGGCAGCUUUGCAGUUGUUUAUCUGCACAACCGUUUGCCUAUGGCUGAUCAGAUUGCUCUGAGUGGUUUUCAAAAUGCACCUCAGCAACUCCUGCUUUUACUUAGCUCUGUGACGAUGAGCCCCUGCAGUCUACGGCAGUUUUGACUGGAUAUUUGACAUUUGUUGAUGUUUUUUCAGCGGAAGGUAAACAAAACUGGAGAGGUUAUAUUAAGAAAAGGGUGAGAAACUGCUUCUCAGACUGAAGGGGGUAAAUACAACAAAAGAUAUUGUGAAAGGCCUUGGUGUAUUUCAACUGCUAAGUGAACUAACCUUCAAUGUUCAUGCAAAUACAAUCACUUAAGUCUGACCCAGACCUGAAGUACAGUAGACUCACGUUGUGAUUUUGGGUGUGUGGGUGGGUCAAAGACGUCCAACAUUGAAAUUGUCCUUCAGUGCUAACGGAUACUUUUGCUUACUGUAACUGUGAAAAACAUGAUUUUCAUGAUUUUCAAAGUGAAUGCAUGAAA